CUUCCUCAGUGUAAAAAAAUUGUGGCUUCUUAAAUUUUCGUUAUCAGCGUUAGCUCCAUUUGGUUGUUUCAUCUAUUAUUGUUCAGUUCACUCCGUUUAAGAUACUUUUUUUGGUGAAUGAUUUGGUGAAGUUCACAAGAUAAAUAAAGAUGAAGUUGAUUUUUCUGGUGGUGCCAAUUCUUGCAGUAACAGCUUUGCCUCAAAGUCAUAUUCGUGAAGUUACAACAUCGAAUUCCUUUCGUCAGCCUGUUGUAGUGCCAGUUGCUUCGCAAAGAGCAUCCCUAGAUGAUUUGCUUGAUGGUUCCGCUGGCUGUGGAGGUCCUAAUACAGAAUGUGUUCCUUAUCAUUUGUGCAACAAUCAAGUUCCCACGGAGAAUUUAGUGGAUAUUACACUUUCUGACAGUGGUCCAUGCCCUGGAUCUUUGGACGUUUGCUGUGUCAGUGCCAAUAAGGUAACAGAGCCUCUUUUUGAACCUCCAAAGUUGACAUCGCAAGGGUGUGGCUUUCGCAGUACAGAGGGUAUUGGAUUUCGUAUAAGUGGUGGGAAGGACAAUGAAGCACAAUUCGGUGAAUUCCCUUGGAUGACUGCUAUUUUGCACAAACAGUUACGUCAGGGACAGGAAAUAAAUGUUUACCUUUGCGGAGGGUCGUUGAUUCACCCUCGAGUAGUUUUGACAGCUGCUCACUGUGUCGCCGAGAAGCCUAACAAUGUCCUUAAAGUACGUCUUGGGGAAUGGGACACACAAACCACAUCGGAGCCGCUUCCAUUCCAAGAUCGGGAUGUCGUUGAAGUCAACAUCCACCCUGGUUUCAAGAGUCAAGCCUUAGCUAAUGAUGUAGCCUUACUUUUUUUGGAUUCGCCAGUUACAAUAGCCGAAAAUGUGAAAACUGUGUGUUUACCCGAAAUAUCAGAAAAUUUCGAUCAUAGACGAUGCUUCGCUACUGGAUGGGGAAAAGAUAAAUUUGGAGUUGAAGGCAAAUACCAGGUCAUAUUGAAGAAAAUCGAUUUACCUAUUAUACCACAGGAUGUUUGCCAGGAUAAGCUUAGGACAACCCGAUUGAGUCAGUAUUUCGAACUUCAUAAUAGCUUUAUUUGUGCUGGUGGUGAGAAGGACAAGGAUACUUGUAAGGGUGACGGAGGAUCGCCAUUGGUUUGCCCGAUAUCUCCCAAUUCUAACCGGUACUAUCAGGCUGGUAUUGUUGCGUGGGGAAUUGGAUGUGGACAAAGUGAUGUUCCUGGUGUUUAUGUUAAGGUUUCGGAAUUUAAGGAAUGGAUUGACAAGAGUCUAAGAGAAAAGGACAUCAAUCAAAUUAGCUACACGCCUUGAUAUAUGUUUUUGUGAUGAAAAAUAAAUAUUUUUU